GAGGGGGCGGAUAGUCUUGAUUUUCUCUACAUCGUGCUUAGCCAAUAACUGUUGUGCACAUCUCAGCUGGCAGACAUUUAAAAGGGAGACAGUCCGGCGCUGGAGCAAUUUGUAUUAAACCCCCUGGCCCCCGUCUAUGGAGCGGUUAGUCUCCCACCACCCAUCCACAGUCCCACCAGUGUACAGUCGACAGCAGUAGGUGCCUAUCACCUCGGAAGGUGCCGCAGAGGACUGAUAGGAUCAGAUCAUCGCACUUCGAGCAGAGGACACACGCACAGGAUGGCUAACUCGACGCGUAUCUUCUGCAGUAUGGUUUUCAUCAUUGGGCUGAUGUCCUCUCCCGUGGAUUCAAAAAGAAACCGAGGUUCACAAGGCGCCAUUCCUCAUCCUGACAAAAACAACCCAAACGAAUCGGAGCAGCAACCGCAGCCUCCGCAGGCGGGCUCCGGGUCCCGGCAGAGGCCGAGCUCAUCCUCACCCGCCGACGAGGUGCUGGAGUCCAGCCAGGAAGCUUUGCAUGUGACGGAGCGCCAGUAUUUGAAACGGGACUGGUGCAAGACGCAGCCUCUCAAACAGACAAUCCACGAGGAGGGCUGCAUCAGCCGCACCAUCAUCAACCGCUUCUGCUACGGACAGUGCAACUCGUUCUACAUCCCCAGGCACAUACGCAGGGAGGAGGGCGCCUUCCAGUCCUGCUCGUUUUGCAAGCCGAAGCGUUUUACCACCAUGACUUUUACGUUGAACUGUCCGGACCAGCAGCCCCCCACCAAGAAGAAACGCAUCCAGCGCGUCAAACAGUGCCGCUGCAUAUCCAUAGAACUGGACUGAACGCGCAGAAAUGACGUGUGUGUGUGUGUUUGUCGUAUUCUUAUUCUUCGAGGACAAGGUUUCUGUCACACAGCCAAGAACACGUGCCUUUCUCCAUCUGGAGAUACGCACCACAUACACUAUGAUGACAUGUGCGAUUCUUUUCUCUCACAGCGUGCUAACAAACCCGGACAUGCAACUUAUUAAAGCGAUGAGCAACACUUUACUAAUCACCCGUUUGAAAACAGGCGUCACUGCACGGAAACGCUGACUUGGAAUGGGCACGUUUUUUUUCUUUCUUUUUGUUUGUUUUUACGCACGGCUUCCCCAAUCACUCACUGCUCCAAGCGCUCGCGGUGACAGAGAAACAUUUCUGUCCUGUAUUUUACGCGUCUAUAUAUUUGAUGGUUAAACAGAAUGUUUCCACUGUGUGGAAUAUGAUGGAGGAAUGACUUUGUUUAAAUGAAAAAAAAAAGCAAAAAAAACACACACAAAAACGUGAUUUUAUUUCGAUAUUUCAAAUAUCUCUCAAGGUUAACAUAAUUGAUUUCUGUGAAUUUCGAAGUCAGUAAACUUUAUUUUUUUUUCUAAGUUGGGAGUCUGCUCAAAUGUAGAGAUACCGGACUCCUUUGGUAGUUUAUACGGGCAAUGUACAGCGGAGGUUUAUACUGUAUCGAGGUUAAAUAGUUGUAAAGUGUAAAGCCAUCUUUGAUGUAAUCGGUUUGUUUAUUCCUUUGAUUAAAUUAUCCAUGAAAAAAAAAACUAAAUAAACGGAUGCUGGAAUACUGUG